AAAAAAGUAAUUUCGAAAUUAUAUUUCCUUUUAAUCAAAAUAAAUAUGAUUUUUAUUGACGGUGAAGAUCGUUAUAUUAGGGGUAUUUAUACAAAAACAGUAUUUUAUAAGGGUAUAGAAAUAAAUAAAAUUUUUAAGAGGAUAUUUAGAUAAAUUUAAAUUUUUAGAAGAAAAUGCAUGCAAAAAAAACUUUAAAACAAACAAAAAAUUUUUGUUCGAUUCACAGAAAAUCCCUCAAUCCAUAUUCUCCUUGACCGCACUAUCUCGUCCGUUUAUAACCGUUCCUGAAACCAUUUUAACUGACACCACGUUCUCCACUUGCACGGCGACUGAAACUACACCGUAACGGUUACUUCCUACCACGUAUAACCUCUUUUUUUCUUUUCCUCUUUCUCUCUCUCUCUCUCUCAAAUCCCUCACUUUCGUUCCCUCACAAGGCUGGAGCUUUUCAUCCCUCGACCAAAGGAAUUCAAGAAGAGAUGGCUUCAUCCAUCCGCUUUUUGUGCAUCAUCAUCACCAUGGCCACCGUGAACUUCCUCGCCGGAGCCUCAAAUCAAUACAAUGUUGGCGACGCCGAGGGCUGGCAUCUGCCCGAUGCGAACAACACCGACGUAUAUAAGAUCUGGGCAAGCAAGUUCACAUUCCAUGUCGGAGACUCAAUAGUGUUCGAGUACAAGAACGAUUCUGUUGUCAAAGUGGAUAAAAGAGGCUACUACCAUUGCAAUGAGACCGGUCAUGGUUCGAUGUUUAAGGAUGGACACACUGUUUUUCUUCUCGACAAACCUGAAUUCUACUACUUUGCGAGCGGUGAUCUCGACCACUGCAAAAAGGGCCAGAGAUUGAUGAUUGAAGUGAAGGGCCAGCACUCGUCACCAUCCAUUGCUGCCCCUUCACUAUCCCCACGUCCAAGCGCGGCAGUCUCAUGGAUCAUUCCAUCUUUUGGUACCCUCAUGGCUUUGGUGACCUUAAUGCUCCUGGCUUGCCAUGGGCCUUAUUUAGCUUAGAAAAUUAGGUUCCAACAACAGGAAUAGGAGUUAAGAUCUCCAACAAUGGAAUCGGUUACCUCUCUCUCUCUUUCUCUACCCAUUGUUAUUAUCAGGAUAGAUUUAGAUUUAGCUACACGAUCUGUUGUCAUUAUGAAUGCUACUAAGCUUGUUACUAUGAUCUAUUUAUAUUCCUUUUUGUUGGAUGUAAUUGUCUAAAUGAAUUUUUAAGUGUUAGUUGCCUGCUUUACGAGGCUUAUCCUACA